UCGGCCACCCCCGGCUCGAGCCCCCCCCCCCGGCGCGUUCUCCCCGGGCUGCUCUGCCCCGCGGCAUCGGGGCCCCAGGUGGCUGCAGGAGGUGAAGGCUGAGCCCGUUCUCUCGCCUCAUUUCUGUGUAUUUUCUUUUCCCCGCACACGCCGAGGGAGCCGCGGCGCUGCCCGCAGGAUGCAGCCCGGCUGCGGCGGGUGCUGAGCGCGGCGGCCGCCGGAGGAGGGAGCGGCUCUGUCAGCGCCUCCGCUCCGCGCGGCGGCGGCUCGGGCGGUCCCUCGCCCCCUGCCUUCGCCGUGGCCACCCGCCCCAAACUUUCAGCCUGUUCUCGCUGCCCGGCGAAGCCCAGCUCGACAUAAAUGGUGGAGGCGAUAGUGGAGUUUGACUACAAAGCUCAACAUGAUGAUGAGCUGACGAUCACUGUCGGUGACAUAAUCACCAAUAUCAAGAAGGAUGAUGGAGGCUGGUGGGAAGGACAGCUCAAAGGCAGAAGAGGUUUGUUCCCUGACAACUUUGUAAGAGAAAUAAAGAAGGACAUGAAGAAAGAAAACACUGCCAACAAACCACCAGAGAAGCCUAUAAAUGAAGUUUCCAAUGGAAGCCCUUUACUGUUGUCUGAGACAAUUAUUAGAACCAACAGAAAAGGAGAGAGAAACAGAAGAAGGAGAUGUCAGGUGGCUUUCAGUUAUAUGCCUCAAAAUGAAGAUGAACUGGAAUUAAAAGUUGGUGACAUCAUUGAAGUUGUGGGAGAGGUGGAAGAGGGCUGGUGGGAAGGAAUACUAAAUGGAAAGACUGGCAUGUUUCCUUCCAACUUCAUAAAGGAACUGUCUGAUUCCGAUGAUAUUGGAAUAGCACAGGAAGAGCAAGUAAAGUCAAGCCUAAAAGAUGCUACAGGCUCUGAGAGUGAUGGUGGCGACUCUUGCAGUACAAAAUCGGAAGGAGCCAACGGAGGCACGACAAUCCAACCCAAGAAGGUCAAAGGUGUUGGCUUUGGAGAUAUCUUCAAAGACAAACCCAUAAAGCUGCGACCAAGGUCAAUAGAAGUUGAAAAUGACUUUAUCCCAGUAGAUAAGAGUGUUGGGAAGAAAUUACCUCCAGCAACAGCAACUCAGGAGCCAACAAAAAUAGAAGUGGACAGCAGAACAAAAAACAAGGAGUAUUGCAAAGUGAUAUUUCCGUAUGAAGCACAGAAUGAUGAUGAGCUCACAAUCCGAGAAGGUGAUGUCGUCACACUUAUCAGUAAGGAUUGCAUUGAUGUGGGUUGGUGGGAAGGAGAACUCAAUGGCAGACGAGGUGUGUUUCCAGAUAACUUUGUCAAGCUUCUUCCUUCUGAUUUUGAAAAAGAGAGACCGAAGAAACCACCACCUCCAUCAGCUCCUGUCAUCAAACAAGGAUCAGGGACCACAGAUCGAAAGCAUGAAAUCAAAAAGAUACCACCUGAAAGGCCAGAAUGUCUUCCUAAUCGAACAGAAGAAAAAGAAAGAUCAGAGAGAGAGCAAAAGCAGUUAGACUUGCAGAAGCCUUCAGUUCCUGCUAUACCUCCGAAGAAACCUCGGCCACCCAAAGCCAACUCUGUGAACAGACCUGGUACCUUGCCCCCAAGACGACCAGAAAGACCAGUUGUGCCUGUGACUCACACAAGGAGUGAUAGUCCAAAAGUGGAAUUAGUGGGCAGUACAGUAUCCGGCACUCUAGAGAAAGACUCCUCUGAAAGAAGCAAUGACAUCGACUUGGAAGGUUUUGAUUCUGUAAUACCAAUUGCUGAGAAGCUUAAUCAUCCAACUACAACCAGACCAAAAGCUACUGGCAGGCGACCACCCUCCCAGUCUCUCACAUCUUCAUCCCUUUCAAGCCCCGAUUUCUUUGACUCACCAAGUCCUGAAGAUGAGAAGGAGGAACAUGCUUCCAUCACUCACAAAACCCUUGAAGUGUCAAGGAAAUCAAGAACUGUUACAAUAUCACAAGUGUCUGAUAACAAAACUUCCUUGCCUCCAAAACCAGGAGGUCUGGCUAGUGGCAGUAAUGUACAACCAUCACUAUCCCCUUCACCAUCACCUGGAUUUCACUCCAUUGCUAUGGGAACAACAGGCCACAGGUCAAAUUCCCCAUCCCUGUUUGGUACUGAAGGAAAGCCAAAGACUGAGCACUUGAGCCAAGGUCAGACCGCCCUGGAAGAGCUGAGAACACAAGUUAGGGAGCUAAGAACCAUCAUUGAAACCAUGAAAGACCAGCAAAAAAAAGAGAUUAAACAGUUGCUGUCUGAGUUGGAUGAAGAAAAGAAGAUCCGUCUACGAUUGCAGAUGGAAGUUAAUGACAUAAAAAAAGCUCUUCAAUCAAAAUGAAUACUUGAUAGGUGGAAUGUUGCAUUAUUCUUCAUGACUGAGACUCAAAUUUAUGCCCCAGCCAAAAUAACUUCGUGCCAAAUGAUUUAAGAAUUGCCUCAACAUCCCUUUAUUUGAAGGAUUAGCACAACAGUUUUUGAUAGCACAACAAAAAUACCAACGAGGACAAGAUUUCCACCCAAAGCUGUGCUGUGCAGCACUAGUUGUGACUGAAAUUGAUCUUCUUGUGCUAAAGGUUCUCUACUUCAAGAUCCUAGGUGAAAUGAAAACUCAGGCAGUUUAGUCCAUAGUGGUACUAUUUUGAUGAUAUUUUUCCAUAAAUAAAGUGUAUCUCAGAUUAUCUGUUUACAAGCUUUAUGAUUUUGACUUUUGGUUUUUAAUUGUCUUUUGUCACAGAUUUUAAAAUGUUUGUACUGCAUAUAGCCAGGAAUGAAUGUUAAUGUUGGGGCUGGAGGGUUUAUUUUUGCUUCGAGAUAGAACAGCCUACUUUUUGUUACGGUUUUAAGUUCUGUUAAAUAUGCAAUUUUAUGUCCCCGAAUCCCCUACGACUUAAACUUGCAUUGUGUACAGUAAUGUAUUUACAAGAAGGAAACAAACCAACAGAAGUCUGGUCUUUGCAAUGAUUUGUGCCUUUCUUUGCCACACACUGACUGGAGCCGGUCGAGGCCAGGUCUCCCUAAUGUAGCUACCACAACGACUCCUGUCCCCGGUGUCCGGCGGAGGUCACUUCCCCGUGUACAGCUGCUCGGUCAGUAGGGCCGGGUUUGUGCGAGAUGGCAGGACAAAAGGGCGCAGCUGAGAGCAGCUUUGUCUUGAGCAGCUGUGGCUUUUUAGCUUUCCUGGUUUGGAUAGGCCUCUCCCUCAGCCUGAAUGUUCAUCUCCGCUUGAUUUUCAUUAGAUGAUUUAAACACCCGCCUCUGUCCCCAGUUUUGCACAGAGUGAACAGAAUAUGCAUUAUUAAAGCAAAAAUAAAUAAAAGUAAGCUAUAAAACAUGAAUAAAAACUUGUAUUAUUUCAUGCACAA